GCUGAUCGUUAGUUCCCUUGCUGGGUCAGUAGUGUUUUCCUCUGCACUGAACGUAGGGGUGUUGUCAGUGUAGCAGCAACUGUCAGUGACUGCACUCACUGGAUUAACUUGCUCUUUGCUCUUACAUUUAAGGAUUAAAGAUGCCUCUGGACUUUUAUUAUACUUCAUCUUGUGCUCACUGUCGGUCUGUGAUGCUGACAGCUAAGGCGCUCGAACUAGAACUUAAUCUGAAGCAUGUUGAUCUCGGGAUGAAAGAACAAUUUAAGCCUGAAUUCUUGGAGCUGAACCCUCAGCAUUGCGUCCCAACUCUAGAUGACAAUGGCUUCGUUCUCUGGGAGAGCCGUGCCAUCUGCACCUACCUUGUUUCAAAAUAUGGGAAGGAUGACUCCUUGUGUCCAAAGGAACCAAGAACCCGCGCUUUGUUGGACCGUCUCAUGUACUUUGAUAUAGACAAACUUUUCCAACGCUUUGGCAAGUAUGUGUACCCAGUCCUCUUCGAGGGACAGGAACCGGACGAGGAACAAAUUCCUUGCAUUGAUGAAGCUCUAGGCUGGCUAGACCAAUUUUUGACCGGACAGAUUGGGGCAGUCUCUCCAAAGAUCACCAUUGCAGACCAUAUCCUCGUGGCAACGGUGUCUACCAUAGAAUCUGUAGGAAUAGAUUUUACCCAUCACAAGAACUUGUGCAACUGGCUACAAAAGUGCAAAUCAAAUAUUCCAGGUUAUGCAGAGAUCAAUGAACCUGGAGCCAGAGAAGUUGGAGAAAUAUUUAAAGCCAAGUUGGCCUCUAAGGAAGCUGAAAUUGAUAAAGCUUAAUUAUAAGAUAAUUAAAUUAGAAUAGUUCAAUAAACUUUUUGCAGA